AUGGCGACCGCACUUCGCCCGGUUCUCAGACCGUCGAGUUUACCCAGUUUACCCACAUCCACCAAACCUACAACAUAUGUCUGCCAGUCUUGUCGACAUGCCCGUCUGUUGCGGCGGCCGAAGCGACCCUACACUUUUACCCAGCUGGUGACCCUCUCCGACGGAAGUGCUUUCACGAUCCGCACCACCUCUCCGCAGCCGGUUUACAGAUCUACUCGAGAUACGAGGAAUUCGCCCUUAUGGAACCCAACGUCCAAGGAACUGCUGAGUGUGGAGGAUGAUGAAGCUGGUCGGUUGGCUGGUUUCCGAGCAAGGUUUGGUACAGGCUUCGACACUGCAAAAGAUGCGAAGAAGGAAGGCGACGCCGAAGCUGUGGAGGGCUCAACUGCUCCCGCGGCUUCAACAGAAACAAAAGCCCGAAAAGCCAAAGAGCCGGCUUUUGAGGAUGAGCAGAAUAUGUUUGAGGAAGACGACAUGAAUUUAUUGGAUCUGAUCAGUUCCUUCGGCCAGGAAAAUACGCAACAAGAAACUCAGGCAUCGGAGCCUAAGAAGGGUGGAAAGAAAUAG